AAUGCUCAAAGCUGUCCCCCCGCCGAUUUAUCGGCACCCACACACCAUUCACGCCACCCUCUCUCUCUCUCUCUCCUCACUGAUUCCACCGAAGCCAUCCAAAAUUUCUUCUUCCCCCAUUUCCCACUCUCGAAGCUUACACAGAGAGGGCGAGAGAUCGUCGACUCCCGCGUAGAAAUGAGCUUCGCCUUGCCGAGCUACUCGUCUCUCUUCCUCUCCCAAACCCUAACCAAUCGCUGACGAACGAACCUAGCUAGGGUUUAUCGCUUUUGGCCCCCCCCUUAUGCUGCUGGCCUUCUCCUAGAAGAAUCUUUGGCGGAGAAAGUUCGCUGUCUAUAGGAGGAGGAGGAGGAGGAGGAGGAGGAGGAAUAUGUAUAAGGAGAGAAGCGGAGGCGGCGUUUCCAAGUCCGAGGUGGUGGUCGGCGCUGCGGAUCGGAAGCAGAGGAUCAACAUCAACGACGUGCUCGACAAACACCUCCUCGAGCGAUCCUCGCCGUCCACGUCUCGCGUCAUCAACGGCAAGGACAAGUCCCCCCACGCGGUCAUCCUCGGCAAGGCUCCCUCCGAUCACCGCGAUUCGGCUCGCUUCAAGGCCAACUCCGAUGAGGAAUCUGAAACAGAUAGCGAAGAAUCAGAUGUGAGCGGUUCUGAUGCAGAUGACUCAUCUUGGAUCUCAUGGUUUUGCAAUCUUCGAGGAAAUGAAUUCUUUUGUGAAGUCGAUGAUGAUUACAUACAAGAUGAUUUCAACCUGUGUGGUUUAAGCAGUCAAGUUCCUUACUAUGAUUACGCACUUGAUCUGAUUUUGGAUGUCGAGUCCUCUCACGGUGACAUGUUCACUGAGGAGCAGAAUGAAUUAGUUGAAUCAGCUGCAGAGAUGCUUUAUGGUCUAAUUCACUCACGUUAUAUACUGACUAGCAAAGGAAUGGCAGCUAUGCUGGAGAAGUACAAGAACAUUGACUUUGGUAGAUGCCCAAGGGUUUAUUGUUGUGGACAACCAUGUCUCCCUGUUGGGCAAUCAGACGUUCCUCGUUCAAGCACCGUUAAAAUAUACUGCCCAAGAUGUGAGGAUAUAUAUUAUCCUCGAUCCAAGUACCAAGGCAACAUCGAUGGUGCAUACUUUGGAACUACAUUUCCUCACCUAUUUCUGAUGACAUAUGGCCAUCUGAAGCCACAGAGUGCAUCCCAGAAUUACGUUCCUAGAGUUUUUGGGUUCAAGAUCCACAAGGCAUGACGAGUUGCUCAUACAGGGUAUCAUGAGUAUGGAUUCUGCUUGGAACAAAUGCUUUCUCACCGUCCCUGCGUAAAAUUGAUAUCCAGCGAGACAUCACAUCCGGCUUCUUCAAUAUCUCAUCAAGGAACCCAUAUUCAUAUACAUAAGGAGGAAAUACCUGUCGUCAGCCUGUGCCGGGAUCAUAGCUACAUUUUGGCGCAUCGGAGGAGUCACUUCAAGCUUCUUGAGAUGGCUUCCUCUUUGCUUUUUUACUCUUAGCUGCUUAUCUAGUCGCAGUCUUCUUGUACUCGUGUGUAUCAUUCCGUAAUUCUUUAAUUACCGACAAAUUAAGCUGAAAAUUUUCAA